CAUUUUCAUUCUUCACAUCUCUGUCAUAUUGUCUCACUCUCAGUGUAACGCGCAUACACAGAGUUCGAUGAAAAGAUUACUUUGCCAGUGUCAUACAUCGGUCGAUCGGAACGUGAUACUCCUCGGGACUAUUUUGUCGUAUUUUGUCCUCCGCAUGGCCCAUGGAGAGAUCUCUGUCUAUUAAUAAAUGGUUUAAGCAUUAAAUAUCAGGAUGAAAAGAGAGCAGUUGUAUGCUCAAUCUACAGGGCUCUUCCUCUCGCGUUUUAAGGUCGGGGAAGUAGAUAUGUUCUCCUUCCAAAACGCAACAUCAACCCUCCUCCACACUAAUGUCGAACUUCAUCAAAUAACCAAAGCAUGGAUACAUCAGUUGCCCUGCUUGGGGGAGCAUGUUAGCUUAGUGGUGCAACUAGGAUUUGUUGGAGUGUUUCUACUUCAUUUGGUGGCCAAAACCGUUGGACUUAUAGCCAAAAAUGGGACACUGAGUAAAGAGUUGGAAGGUUCAGAUAAGCGCUUAAGCUGGAUUAGAUUCAGUAUAAGUUGUAAAAUGAGCAUAUUUGGUUCCCUCAUGUUGAUGGGAACUCAUAUCUCAGUGCUUCUCUUGUUGCUAAAUGGAGGCGGGAAAUAUUGCACAGACAGUGUUCAAGUUAUUACCUCAGAGACUCUUCAAGUUGUAUUAUGGGCAGCAUCAUCCAUUGCAGUGUAUAAGGUGGUGAAGAGUAAGCUGAUUAAGUUCCCUUGGCUACUAAGGGCAUGGUGGCUUUUAAGUUUCUUCAUGUCCAUGAUCAACGUGGCUAUUGAUACCCAUUUGAGAAUCAUGUAUCAUGGAAAGCUUAGAUUGCUAGACUAUUUCAAUUUCCUUUGUUUCCUUUUAUGCUUUUGCCUGUUUGGUAUUUCAAUCAGAGGGAAAACAGGCAUAGGACAUAUCCCAAGUAGCAUCACCGACCCACUUCUAAAAGGGAAAAGUGAUACUAAACUAACAGAGAACAAAAGUGAAUCUCUCUACGGGAAGUCCACUACUCUCCAGCUCAUUACUUUCUCUUGGCUUAAUCCCUUGUUUGCUAUUGGAUAUAAGAACCCGCUCGAACAAGAUGAAAUACCAAAUAUCGAUACCAAAGACUCUGCUGCCUUCCUUUCUAGUUCCUUUGAUGAGAGCCUCGAGUAUGUUAAGGAAAGAGAUAAAACUGACAGACCGUCUAUUUACUGGGCAAUCUAUACAUUUGUUUGGAGGAAAGCAGUAAUAAAUGGAUGUUUUGCAGUAGUAAGCGCAGCAGCCUCAUAUGUUGGUCCAUAUCUUAUUAAUGACUUUGUAAGCUUUUUAAGUGAGAAGGAAACCAGAAGUCUGCAAAGUGGGUACUUUCUUGCAUUGGCUUUCCUAGGGGCCAAGAUGAUUGAGACAACAGCACAAAGACAAUGGAUUUUUGGGGCUCGCCAACUAGGUCUUCGUCUUAGAGCUGCUUUGAUAUCUCACAUAUACAAAAAAGGUUUGGUUCUUUCAAGUCAAGCUCGCCAAAGUCGCAAUAGUGGAGAGAUAAUCAACUUUAUGAGUGUAGAUAUCCAAAGAAUAACAGACUUUAUUUGGUAUGUAAACAUGAUUUGGAUGUUGCCGAUUCAAAUUUCCUUAGCUAUCUACGUGCUCCAUGCAAAUUUAGAUUUGGGUUCUCUGGCUGCACUAGCAGCAACUUUAAUGGUGAUGGCUUGCAAUAUACCACUUACUAGAGUCCAGAAGCAAUUUCAGUCCAAGAUCAUGGAUGCAAAAGAUAAUAGGAUGAAAGCAACUUCAGAAGUUCUUCGUAACAUGAAAGUACUUAAAUUUCAAGCAUGGGACACGCAAUUCCUUGAAAAGUUGGAAUCAUUGAGGAAACUAGAAUACAAUUGGCUUUGGAAAUCAAUAAGAUUAGGCGCAGUCACUGCUUUCAUCUUCUGGGGAUCUCCUACGUUUAUUUCUGUGGUGACUUUUGGCUCAUGUGUUCUAAUGGGCAUUGAACUCACAGCUGGUAGAGUCUUAGCAGCUCUUGCUACUUUUAGGAUGUUACAAGACCCUAUAUUCAAUCUACCUGAUUUGCUUAAUGUGAUUGCUCAGGGAAAAGUUUCAGCAGAUAGAGUAGCUUCCUUUCUCCAAGAACAUGAAAUUCAACAAGAUUCCAUUCAAUAUGUUCCAAAAGAUCAGACAAAGGUUGAUAUUGAGGUUCAAAAUGGGAAAUUCAUUUGGGAUGCUGAGUCAAUAAUACCAACUCUUGAUGGAAUAAACUUGGAGGUGAAUAGAGGAAUGAAGGUGGCGAUUUGUGGGACUGUAGGAUCUGGAAAGUCUAGCUUGCUUUCGAGUAUUCUUGGAGAAAUGCAAAAGCAGUCUGGAACAGUUAAGAUUAGUGGUACAAAGGCUUUUGUUCCUCAAUCUCCGUGGAUACUUACAGGAAAUAUCAGAGAAAAUAUCUUGUUUGGAAAUGAGUAUGAUAGUGCCAAGUAUGACAGAACAAUUAAAGCAUGUGCUUUAACAAAAGAUUUUGAGUUGUUCUCUUGUGGGGAUCUAACAGAAAUUGGAGAGAGAGGGAUAAACAUGAGUGGUGGUCAGAAGCAAAGAAUACAGAUUGCACGAGCUGUUUAUCAGGAUGCUGACAUAUAUUUAUUGGACGAUCCAUUCAGUGCUGUUGAUGCUCAUACAGGAACACAACUUUUUAAGGAUUGUCUCAUGGGAAUACUCAAAGAGAAGACCAUACUUUUUGUCACUCACCAAGUUGAGUUUCUUCCAGCUGCUGACCAUAUUCUGGUAAUGCAAAACGGAAAAAUAGCACAAGCUGGAACAUUUGAAAAACUCAUGAAUGAAAAUAUUGGAUUUGAAAUUUUAGUUGGUGCUCAUAGUCAGGCUCUUGAAACGAUCCUAACUAUUGAAAAUAGUAGUAGAGAACAAGAAACAUCAGAGAUUGAAUCCAUAUCAGGUUCCACAACUAAUUCUGAACUUUUACACAUGCGACAUGAAUCAGACCAUAAUAUCUCUCUUGAGAUAACAACAGAGAAAGGGGGAAAGCUGGUGCAGGAUGAAGAACGAGAGAAAGGAAGCAUUGGAAAAGAAGUUUAUUGGAAUUAUUUGACAAUUGUAAAAGGUGGUUUGCUUGUUCCAUUUAUAAUUUUGGCACAAUCGUCUUUCCAAGUACUACAAAUAGCUAGUAACUAUUGGAUGGCAUGGUCUUGUCCUCCUACUAGUGGAACCCAGCCCAAAAUGGAAAUGAACUUCAUCUUAUUAGUUUAUGUAUUGCUUGCGGUCGGAGGUUCACUUUGUGUGUUGUUGCGAGCCACCUUAGUAGGAAUCGCAGGACUUUGGACAGCCCAAAAGCUCUUCAUUAACAUGCUACGUAGUGUAUUCCGAGCACCAAUGUCCUUUUUUGAUUCAACUCCAGCAGGCAGAACCUUAAGCCGGGCAUCUACUGAUCAAAGCGUGCUGGAUUUGGAAAUGCCACAAAAAUUAGGUUGGUGUGCUUUCUCAAUAAUACAAAUACUAGGAACAAUUGUCGUGAUGUCACAAGUAGCAUGGGAGGUGUUUGUAAUCUUUAUUCCAGUAACUGCAAUUUGCAUAUGGUACCAACGAUACUACAUACCAACAGCUAGAGAAUUGGCACGGUUGGAAGGAAUACAAAGAACUCCAAUCCUUCAUCACUUUGCCGAAUCAUUAUCAGGCUCUGCAACAAUUCGUGCUUUUCAACAAGAAGACCGCUUCAUUCAUUUGAAUCUUUGUCUUGUUGACAAUCACUCAACACCGUGGUUUCACAAUGUGGCGGCGAUGGAAUGGCUCUCUUUCAGACUAAAUAUGUUGUCAAACUUUGUUUUUGCCUUCUCAUUAGUUUUAUUAGUCACACUACCCGAAGGAGUUAUCAAUCCAAGCAUAGCGGGAUUGGCUGUGACAUAUGGAAUAAAUUUGAACGUUUUGCAAGCUUCUGUUAUUUGGAACAUAUGCAAUGCAGAAAAUAAAAUGAUUUCGGUUGAAAGGAUUAUUCAAUACUCAAACAUUCCAAGUGAGGCACCUUUAUUAAUUGAAGAUUGCAAGCUACCAAGCAAUUGGCCACAGGAUGGAACAAUUUGCUUUAGAAAUUUGCAGAUUCGUUAUGCUGAACAUCUCCCUUCUGUAAUAAACAACAUUAAUUGCACUUUUCCUGGGAAGAUGAAGAUUGGAGUUGUAGGAAGAACAGGAAGUGGGAAAUCGACACUUAUACAAGCCAUUUUCAGAAUUGUUGAACCUAGAGAAGGAAGCAUAAUAAUUGAUGAUGUAGAUAUAUGCAAGAUAGGUCUUCAUGACUUAAGAUCCAGGCUUAGUAUCAUUCCACAAGAUCCAAUAAUGUUUGAAGGAACUGUUAGGGGAAAUCUCGAUCCACUGGAGCAAUAUACAGACUCUGAAGCAUGGGAGGCUCUAGAAAAAUGUCAACUAGCUCCUAUUGUGCGCAAAAAAGAUAAGAAAUUGGAUGCCGUUGUGGUUGAAAAUGGAGAAAAUUGGAGUAUGGGCCAAAGACAAUUGUUUUGUCUUGGAAGAGCUUUGCUCAAGAAAAGUACCAUUCUAGUAUUAGAUGAAGCAACAGCAUCUGUGGAUUCUGCAACUGAUGGAAUAAUACAAAAAAUCAUUAGCGAAGAAUUUAAAGAUCGAACAGUAGUCACAAUAGCUCACAGAAUCCACACUGUUGUAGAAAGUGAUCUCGUUUUGGUUCUCAGCGAUGGAAGGGUUGCAGAAUAUGACACACCAGCCAGAUUACUUGAGAGAGAGGAUUCCUUCUUCUCCAAACUCGUGAAGGAAUACUCUUCGAGGUCCAAGAGUUUCAACAACUUAACAAAUUAUAACUAAUCUCCCUUCAAAUAUUAUGCAUUGUUAGGUGGACCACCAAGUAAAGAGGCUUGAUAAUCAUGAACUUCAAGUUCUCUAGAUCAGUAUAACAUUUAUUUAGACAAGACUACAAAUGAUUAGAAGCCCAAAUGUAUGAGAUCGGCCAUGAUUUUCUUGGUUGUUGAAGCUCUUGGAUUAUCUCUACUUCUCAUGUUGAUGCUAUUGGAGCAUUAUUUGUAAUGUGUCUUUAGUUGUGGUGGAGCAAUUGUAGCCCAAAAUAUAAGUUUUUUGAGUACUCUUGCAGUACUUGUCAGAACUUUUUUUAUUUCUUAUUGUUGGCAACAACUUAGGAUUAUAUUUAUAUUAUAGAAGUUUAUUUAUAAAAGGUUAUAGUUUAGGACUUAAAUAAUGACAAUUCAUUUUUAAUUUUGAUUAAAAUAAAUGAGUUAUUUAAUUUUUUUUUACA